AUGAGCUCAAGUCAAACAACCAAAAGGAGAAGAAGUGAUAUUAGAAAACAAAGCUCAUCAUACUUGUAUUACAAUUAUGAUAGAGAAACUGGAAGGGCAAUAUGUAAUGAAUGCUUGAAAGUGGAUCAAAAAACCGUCAUUGAAGGAUUUCCUAGUGGAGGACUUACUUCUCAAUUAUUCUCACACCUUGCAGUAAAGCAUGAUAUAAGUAAAGAGUCAUGUGAUCAAUAUCAAGCUCAGUUGAAGAAAGGAGAAGCUACUACGGGGGAAAGGUUGCAACCAACAUUAGCUGUGAGUUUGACCGGAGUGAGGUUGUCAACCCCAGAUAGAAAGAAUCAAAACCAGCAUGGAGAAGAAACGUCAUCUCAAGAGCGUUACUCAACUUUGAUUCAAAAGUCGCUCAUUAAAAAUAACAACCCGUUAAACUUCUAUGAUGAUGAGAUUACUCAAGAACUAUUCAGUGCGAUACCGGGAUUUAAAUCACCAUCAUCAGCACGAGUUGCAUUUGAUCUAUCUCAGAAUUGCGCCAGAUUAUUGAAUGAGGUUGCUCAAACUCUUGUUGACGAUGAUAUUCCUAUAAGUUUGAGUUUUAAUGAAGUUAAUAUAGAUGGUAAUAGUUUUGUUGCCAUUAAUAGCCAUUUCAUCCAUGAUGCUACUGUCAAUGAAGUAACCCUUGGAUUUAUUGAAACAUCUUUUGGAUCUGCAUCAUUGCUGAAACAAGCUGUCUCUAAAACAAUUGGUUUGUUAGGUUUGAAAGAUCAAGUUAUUUCAAUCACCACAGAAAUGGAAUCAUCAUCAGCAUUUGCUCGUGAGUUGUUGAUCCAGGAAAAAGAAUUUCCUUCACUUUCCAUUAGUCAAAUGCCAGGCUGUUCAAGGCAGUUAUUGAACUGGGUUGCUAGCGGAUUUAUUAGAGACUUCACGAUUCAAAGUACUGCAAACUUUGAACACUUUACAAAAAGUGAUAUUGAGCUAAGAAGGGUGGUAACUGGUAUUUUGAGUUAUUUUUCUAGAGAUGAGGAAGGUAAUACUAGUACUAGUAUCAAUGAUCUGGUUUCUCUAAUGAAUAGAAUUGCUUUAAUGGUCAAUAACAGUCCUGAUUUGAAGGAGCAUUACACUACAAUCAAGAAAAAUUAUGAAGCUCAAAACAAGGACGUGUAUGUUCCUGAUAUCGUGGAACCAAAUGAAGAGUCGUUGAGUUCAUUUUUAGGCAGCAUAAAAGCCUUGACUAGAAACAAGGCAAUAUUGGUACAACUGUCUCAACGUGACCAUUUGAAUAUGUUACCAAAGGUCUCACCAACUGAAUAUAAAGUUGCUUAUUGCAUUGAUUUAGCCUUAAAGGAUUUUGACACGUUCAUUGACAGGCUGACAAGUAAAAAGUUUUCAAUGAAUUUCGUUCUCCCUAUAAUAGAAGAGGUCAUAAUGAAUAUGAAGGAACUAGAACAGACGGCUAACGCGACUCCAGUGUUGAGGCAAGGAGCCCGGCAUGGGGCAAUAAAGGCGUCGAGGUAUUAUAAAAGAAUAAAAAAUGAUCCCUUGGUACUAUUAUCAAGUUUAAUUAAUCCUCAGAUUAAAGAUAUCUGUCCAAAUUUUAUUUUUGAAACUAUAACUGAAGAUCCACAAUGCUUGAACAUUAUAUCUGAAUUUCUGAUGAACAAUGGCUAUAUCAAAAGAAGUAGAAAAAGAGAAAUGGAUAAAGUGGAUAUCAAUGAUAGUUCUUCUGCCUCCGCUACACCAAAAAGUCCAAGGAAACCAGCUUCUGAUUUGAAAAAAGUCAUUGAGAAAAGACUGAAAAGUGGUUUAAUGUCAUCUCAAGAGUAUCAAAAAAUCAUGGAUGUCAUUGAAAAAGAAAAAUCAACAGACGGUUCUCAUUCUAAAGAAACAUUCACAAAGUCUUCUGCUAAAGAGGAAGUUAUGAGAUUUUUCAAUUUCAUUGAAUCCGCAGAGUUUUAUAACUUGCCAUCUACGUUUGAUACAAAUACUGAUUAUUUCAAAAAUUUAAUGAAGUUUUACUUGACUGACACCAAGUUCAAAAGCAUGUUUCCAAAUAUCCAAACUGCAAUCAAAAUAUGUUUAACAGCUCAAGCUUCCUCAACAUCGUCAGAGUUGACUUCUAUUCAAGCACGUUCUCGUUGGGCACUUGAUGGCAAGGAAACUUCACUAAGAAUUUACGAGACUGAUGGUAAUGAGGAACUCUUGAAUACAACAUUAUCCUCCUUCAUGAUUUUGAAAUCAUUAUGCAAUGAAGAUUCAACACUGGCAUCACUAGAGAAAUUUAACAUAGAAGCUUCCAAUGAGCAGGAAGUUUCAGAAAAAUAUAUUCUGACACUUAUGUUGCGAUAGA